AUGCCAUCGUGGAAACGCAAAAUCAAACUCGACUCCAGAAAGGAGACUGAUAGCAAAGGGAAUGCUUCAUCCGCAUCUUCCGCAUCGUCGUCGCCGACAUCAUCAGCUCACGCCCUUCUCUCCGCUGUACACGACACUCUGACAAACUCUUCCAGCCGUCCAUCAAGCCCAAGUAGCACAUCCUCGACCUCCGACUCGAACAAUGACACUUCCAGCUCAGAACAAGUACCAUCCCCCUCAGAUCUCCAUCGACAAGCCCGCCGCGAUGCCGAAUUCGGUCCCUUGGGCCAUCCAUCGCACCUCUACGCCUCCCAACACCCCGGCGGCGCAGUUCCAGACCCUAUUAUUGACGAACCACCUUAUUUCUACAUGCUCACUACCUACAUCAGUUUCUUGGUGCUGAUAUUCGUCGGCCACACGCAAGACUUUCUGGCACGAUGGUUCACACCCCACAAACACCGGCAUUUGAUGGUUCAAGACGGGUAUGCACCCAUCUACAGUGAUUUUGAUAGCUUCUAUGCUCGGCGACUCAAGUUGCGUAUCAACGACUGUUUUGAGCGUCCCACAACGGGCGUGCCUGGGAGAUAUAUUACGUUGCUGGAUAGGGAAACUGUGGAUUAUAAUGAGCAUUUUAGGUUUACGGGUACGACGACGGAUACCCUCAAUCUCAGCUCAUAUAACUACCUGGGUUUCGCGCAAAGUGAAGGCCCUUGCGCAGAUUUUGCGGAAGACACGCUCCGAAAAUCCGGGAUUACGAUGACGGGUGCGAUUGGCGAUGCAGCGACGACGACUCUACAUGUUGAAGUAGAGCGACAGAUCGCGCGAUUCGUGGGCAAGGAUGAUGCGCUCGUGUUUUCCAUGGGUUUCGUGACGAAUGCUACCAUCUUCCCUGCCUUGGUGGAUAAGGGUUGUUUGAUUCUGUCGGAUGAAUUGAAUCAUGCAUCGAUCCGGUUCGGCGCCCGGUUGUCGGGGGCAAGUAUUCAGGUCUUUGCUCAUAAUAAUAUGGCGGACCUGGAAAAGAAGUUGAGAGAUGCUAUAUCGCAGGGACAGCCGCGGACUCAUAGACCUUGGAAGAAGAUUUUGGUUACUGUUGAGGGUCUCUACUCGAUGGAGGGCACGAUGGUGAAUCUGCCUGGUAUUUUGGAGUUGAAGAAACGAUAUCGGUUUUAUCUGUAUAUCGAUGAGGCGCAUUCAAUUGGUGCCGUGGGACCUCAGGGUCGUGGCGUCUGCGAUUUUUUCAAGGUUGACCCGGCCAACGUCGAAAUCCUGAUGGGCACAUUUACGAAAUCGUUUGGCGCAAAUGGUGGCUAUAUUGCUGCUGAUAAGGCCAUUGUUGAUAAAUUGAGGGCUACAUGUUCCGGACAGGCAUUCGGUGAAGCACCCACCCCGCCUGUCCUAGCUCAGAUCUUGGGUGCACUACGACAAAUCGCAGGCGAAGAAAUGGGUAAAGAGCGUCUCCAACGUCUGGUCUUCAACUCACGCUAUCUCCGUCUCGGUCUUAAGAGAUUGGGAUUCAUUGUCUACGGCCACGACGAUUCUCCCAUCAUCCCACUCAUGCUCUACAACCCUGCAAAAAUGCCCGCCUUUUCACACGAAAUGCUUAAACGCAAAAUUUCUGUGGUCGUGGUGACAUAUCCCGCUACACCAUUAGAAUUGUCGCGGGUCAGAUUCUGCGUUAGUGCGGCACAUACCAAGGAAGAUCUCGAUCGAUUGUUGAUUGCCUGCGACGAGGUUGGCGAUGCUUUACAGAUCAAAUUUUCGUCUGGGAUUGCAGGUGGAUUACAUGAAAGACCGAGUCUGGAUGAGAUGGGGAAGAAAGGGGUUAAAAGGGAGAAGCCGAGGUGGAGAGUCGAGGAGGUAAUUGAGAGGGGGGUUAGAGAUGUUAAGGGGCAGCUGUAUUAG